GUCACAAACUCGGACGGCACACAAUGGGAUCCAACUAUAGAGCUUCGCUGUCAAUUCACUCCCCUUUUGGAUAACACUCUGUACUAUCACAUCGAUUGGUACGUGGAUAAUACAAGGAUUAUAGAGAAUCAAACCGUAGAUACCUCAACUCUUGGCAAUGCUAUACUUACAACAGAGGAUCUGCACAAUGCGGGGAGGAAGAUCGGAUGCAUGAUUCAUUGUGUAGUCGGUGCCAAACGAACACUCGUGGACUCACCCUGUAACAGUACAUCCAGUGCCCUGUUUUUCGCAGGAAUUCAGGUAUUAACACCAGUUCUAAAUAUGUCAAGAAAGGGAGAAACGACGCUUAGAAUUCGACCCACAAUACCUUAUGCGACACACACGUUAGAAUUGCCAACAUACAAUUUAGAAGAUACUGGAGAAUUGUCAAUUUCUCUUGAUUUCCCAGAAAACAUUAUUUCAGAUUGUACAAUUGCCGGCAGUUCGAGAACCUGUGAAAUAAAAAUUCCCAGUUUCAAAUAUAGUGAAAGACACAAAUACAACGAUCGUAGUCAGUGGUAUAAAGAGUAUACGAUGACUAUACAAAAUAAAGACAGUCUGGGCUAUGAAAUUGAUAAUAGUGUGCUACUUCGGCUAAAAACCAUAGGCGGCGGCGAAAAGGCAGCAAAAGUAUUUGAAGGCGUUUUGCUCCCCGACGUCCCAAUAAAUAUCAUUGACGACCAUACAGAGUGGAAGGGAAAGUAUUGUUAUUCACAUGCUGACCCUCACAUGAGAACAUUUGAUAAAUAUAAAUAUGAAUGCCAGGACGAAGGAUGCAAGACAGGGAUCACGAGUGUUUUAUAUCAAAACAAAGAACAUGAUCAGGAGGUGCACGUCAGACAUCACAAGUGUUUCUGGCCUAAUGCGCGCUGCAUUUGUGCCUUGGCUGCAAGAUCUGGGAGAGACGUUUUCAUCUUCGACGCUUGCAACGGGAGACGUUAUAUCAACUUUCCAAUCUGUGAUGACAAAUCACUGAAGGUUGUCAAGGUUACCGAUAUGUCUUAUAAAAUAUUUUUUCCAACUGGAACGUAUGUUACAACUACCUUAUACAUGUAUAGUGACUGGUUUUUACAAACGCAAGUCUACCCGUCUGUAGCGGACGUUGGAAAAAGUUCAGGUCUCUGUGGGGUUUUAGGAGGUGGUAUGCAGAACGACCUGACAAGAAGAGACGGAACUUUAGACGACCCAAACAGUUUUAGCUAUCAUAAUCCACCAAAUGACUUUUCCAUUUCAUGGAGAGUAUCGGCCAGUGAGGACCUUCUCUCUGCUUUGAUGGAUUUUCAGACUCUGAAUUCUCUAUCGCUUAUAAAAACUCAACUUUGCACGUGUAACGAAGAAAAGAAGACAGAGUGCAGUUACCGUAGCUACACGGACUGUGGAACAACAACCCGUGGAAAAGAAUACCAGUGUCUGCUUCACAGUAGUAGCAGUAGGCGAAAGAGACACGCUGAAUACAUGGCAUCCUUUAAUCCGGACCCGGUGGAGGCAUCAACUCCCCUGAGAGUAAGAAGGCAGGCUGCAUACACAGAUGAAGAAGUGAUUGUUAUUUGUAACGCAGAAUUUGAUAAUUCAAUCCCAUUUCAAACGUGUAUAGAACAUGUAGCUGAUUUCUCCAAUGAUUCUAUUCAAAACUGUAUCGCAGAUGUGUCUCUUACGGGAAAUCCAAAUCUGACCUCAUUCCAUCUGGAGAGCGCUAUAUCUGAAUGUCAGACUCUCAUAAACCUCAACAGCACUCUUCAAAAGGAAAAACCAUCGAUUACAUACGAAAUAUUGAAUGUUUGUCCUAGCAACUGCAGCAAACAUGGAGAAUGUUCAGGAGGAAACUGUACAUGCAAUGCUGGAUUUGGCGGAAGUGACUGUUCGUUUGAUAUAACUUCUCCCCCAAGAGUAGCCAGUUUACUUGGAAAUGGUCUUUGUGACCUUUCAGGGGAUACAUGCGAUGACGUAACAAUGUUCGGUCAUUUUUUUGUUGAAAAUAUGAAUACAACUUGCUUCAUGACUAGAAAAGAGGUAUUUACAAAUGUAAUUCAAAUGAAAUACGUCCUGAUGUACAUCUUUAUAAGAUUAAGGAAAAAAGAAAACAAGUAA